UACACGCCAGGAACCUGACUAUCUUUAAAUAGGGCAAGGGAGAAACAAAGUAGCCCAACUGGUCACGGUCUUUAGCUCUCUCUCAAAUAUGACGCAGAAAUUAAUAAAACCGAUAUUUAGUUUGACACCAGAAAUGUUUGCCUCAAGUUACGCCAGAAGACGCAGCGUGAAAGUCGGACUGUGACUAGAUUGCAUGGAUUUACUUGACCACACAAUGUUGACUGUUCUACUUCCAUUCCUGAUGUACCCUUUAAAUCAUGGAGCAACUCAAUUCCAUCGCUUACGGCUGUUAACUGGAGCGUACUGGUCGUAAUGCCGCACUAUUGGACGGCACCUAACAGGUGUUACUUGGACUUUUUUCUUAUAUCAAAGGCGAAUAUGAGCUGACAUAGCAUAUUUUGGACAACCAACACGUUAUAGCUGCUGCAGCUCCUUAUUUAUGACGUUUCAUCAGCAUUUGUAUAAUGUAAGAAAGAAGGUUGUGGACUAGCCUACGUUUUAGCUCGUUAAAACCUGGGAUUUAUACAUAAUGUGCUCGGAGAUCAGUCGCUAGAGAUAUGACAUUACACUAACGUGCCCUUACAGUCAAAAUUGAUUUUUGCCUCUUAGGUAGAUCACUGAGAAACCUGUUGAUCUAACCUUGCUUUGUUGACAGAAGGGCAUUACCUUUUUAGGAGCCCUUCACACCGAACGCGUUCUGCGCUGAAAAAAGCAACACGUAGAACAACUAAUAUACCAGAACGCGGGUGUCUUGUGAAAAGUUGAAGUUCUUUUUUUUUUUUUUUUUGUUUAUUUACUUGAAAAAGUGCACUAAAAACAGAGCAAAAAGUUGAGCUCCUGACAGCGACGAUCAGACGUCCAUCUAAAGCGCACAUGAGGGGGAAAAAACGUGGGAAAAAAAUCGCGGAUGGACUCAGAAAUACUUUCAGUGUGAACGGCCCCUUAUUGUUAACACGUAAAAUCAUUUCAUAUAGCGGUGUGACAGCGGGUCAAUUUUCUCUCAUCAUGAAUCCUACUGUUUCAAUUGAAAUUUGAUGGGUGUUGCUACUGAAAGUCCAAAGAACCUCAACGAUGGGAUGUGUACAGAGUGUAAAACCGAAGCCAAGUUUUCAUGAGAACAUCACAGUCCUCGAACUGCACGCCUCAGUUGAACCCAGCCCUACUGUCAUCGAUGAGUCAUCCAAUGUGGUUCUGCGGUACCGCACACCUUACUUUAAAGCAUCAGCUCAAGUGCAAGUGCCACCCAUUGUUUGUAAAGAGAUCUGGACAGUUGGCUGGAUCCAGGCUUGCAAUCAAAUGGAUUUCUUCAAUAUAUAUGGAAAUGAAGGAGUAUCCAGCUGGGAGCUUCCAGAGAUAAAACGUGGGCACAUCCAGGCCAUUAGUGAUUCUGAUGGUGUGAAUUAUCCCUGGUAUGGUUGUACCACUGAGAUGUACACAAUUGUGGGUCCUACUAAGAAGAGCACCAAACUGAAUGUCAGCAUGAAUGACAACUUCUGCCCAAGUGUGACCUGGAGUGUCCCUGUGGGCACCACUAGCAGUCCUCCUCUCCUGAGCUCCAUCCAAAGGGACCAACGCUUCACCACCUGGCUGGUGGCCAUAAAUGAAGCCACCACCGAGAUGGUGCUACUCAGAACCAUACGUUGGAGAAUGCAGCUCUGUAUUAAAGUGGAUCCAAAGAAGCCUCUAGGUCAAAGAGCCAGGCUUGUGGAACCACUGAUCCAGGAGCAGCCCCAGGUCCUUCUUAAGAAUGAACCCAUACCGUCAAAUGCCUUGGUUAAGCCUAAUGCCAAUGAUGCCCAGGUUCUAAUGUGGCGGCCAAGAAAUAAGGAGCCCAUUUUAGUCAUCCCCCCAAAAUAUUGAGGGAAUUACCUUCCAGCUUGAACUUAAAAUUUUUAGCAUUUGAUGCUUAUUUAAAUUAAGUAUGGCAUGGAGUGAGAGAGAAUACUAUUUUACAGGGAAGAGAAUUCGCCAUGGGUUCCCUCUAUAUUUUCCUAUGGGUUUUUAUAAUGUGGUUUUUCAACUUGUGAGUAAAAUAAGGUCUGUGGAAACAUUACUUGACGAUUCGUGGACGUUUUGUUCUACAGCAUAAAUUACACACUUUCAUACCUCAAUUAAAAAUUUCGAAGCCGUUUUGAAUUUAAUCCUUUUUUUAAAAAUCGCACGGCGCUUCAAAAUGAACCUUUGAGGUAUGAAAGUGUGUAAUUUAUGCUGUAGAACAAAACAUUCAUGAAUCACCAAGUAAUGUUUACCACAGACCUUAUUUUCCUAAUAAGACACAUAGGAAAAUCUCAAGGGAACCCAUGGCAAAUUAGACUUCCGGGUUAGCCUAAACAUUUUUGUCAUGGCUGAACAGCUCUGUUGAUUUAAAGUUUAAGUGAUACAAAUGUAUUAUUUGUGUAUUUAUUAAUGUUUAGUAGGUGAUGUUGAAAGGACACAUUUAACACAUUGUGUAUUGUUUUGUUUUUAGAUAGAGAACCUUUAGGAUGUUUUAAUAUUAACAAAAUUGUGAGUGGCCUUUACAUGGCCCAGAAUUAAAAUGUUGCCUUUUGCUUUUAAAA